AUGUUAUGGUUUUCCUAUGAAGAUCAAUAUCAACGUGACAACGAAUUCUUCGUAGCUGUUUUGUUUGCCGUCGUUGCCUUAGCUGCCGCCGAUGUAAGCCAUUUGGAUAGAUCAUACUUGCCACCUCAUGGAGCUGCCAGCAGCACUCAUGAACAUUAUGAAUCGGGUCCUUCUACUUCGGGUUCAUUUAAAUCUGGCUCUAGCUUCUCUGCUCCUGAAUCUGCUUCUUCUUUCACUUCUAAGCAAUACUCUGCUCCCGAUAGCUCUAGCAGUUUCAGCAGCCGCAGUGGUUUCUCUUCCGAUUCAACAUCCAGCUUCUCUUCUCCCGAUAGUGCAGCUUCCUUCACUUCUUCCAAAAAGUCCGAAUACAAGGCACCUGUUUCCAAUUCCAUCGAUUCUGACUUCAGCUACUCUGCACCUGAAAGUGCUGCUUCUACCUCCUCAUUCAAGACCACUGAAUACAAAGCUCCCACUUCGGGCUCUUUCAAAUCUGGUUCCAGCUCCUUCAAAUCCGGCUCUAGCUUCUCUGCUCCCGAAAGUGCUGCUUCUUUCACCUCCUCCAAGACUACUGAAUAUAAGGCACCCUCUUCCAGCAGCUCCUUUAAAUCUAGCUCCAGCUACUCUGCUCCUGAAACUGCUUCCUCUUUCACCUCCAAGCAAUACUCUUCUCCCGACAGCUCUGACAGUUUCAGCAGCCGCAGUGGAUUCUCCUCUGACUCCAGCUACUCUGCCCCUGAAUCAGCAGCUUCCCACUCUGCUCCCUCUUACUCCACCUCCAGUUUCUCAGCUCCACAAACUGCUGCCUCUGGUGUUGAUACCCAGUACGCUGCUAAUGGUGGUUAUGUUUACUAAACUUGAAAAUCAAAAGUGAUAAUAAAACAAUUUAAAAAUAUUGAUACAAAUAA